UUAACAAUUCACACACAUCUUUGAAAAAAAUCCCUCUAUAAACAAUGCCAACAGAAGAAAAAGGCAAUACCAUUAAUAAUAGUAAAUUUAAAUUUAUUAAAUUAUCAAUUCUUAUUAAUUUAUAAUAAAAGUAUAGUAUAACAGGGUACUUGCUCAAAAUCAGGGUACAGUUGUUGUUGGUAUUAGUUCAAGAAACCCAAAGCAAAAACAGAAGAAAAAAUGGGAGGUGUAAAAAUGCACAGAAAAACAGACUCAGAAGAAACAACAAACAGCAUGGAACAAUCUUCCUCAACACCAAACCGUUCACCACCUCGUCGACCACUUUACUAUGUUCAAAGUCCUUCAAACCAUGAUGUUGAAAAAAUGUCCUAUGGUUCUUCUCCUGCAGGUUCACCACCUCACCAAAAUUUUCACUACUAUCUUUCUUCCCCUAUUCACCACUCUCGUGAAUCUUCUACUUCUCGUUACUCUGCUUCCUUGAAAAACCCUAGGAUUUCUUCUUCUUGGAAGAAGCUAAAUAAUAGAAAUGGUGGUGAUGAUCUUGAUGAAGAAGAUGAGGAUGAUGAAGGUGUUUAUGAUUCUGGGAGGAAUGUUAGGUUGUGCUUUUGUUUCUUCUUGCUUUUUGUGUUGCUUUUUACUAUGUUUUCGUUGAUUCUUUGGGGUGCUAGUAAAAGCUACAAGCCUCGUGUCAUUCUUAAGAGCAUAGUGUUCGAGAAUUUGAAUGUACAAUCUGGUAACGAUGGGACAGGGGUACCAACAGAUAUGUUGUCAUUGAACUCAACGGUUAGGAUCUUAUACAGAAAUCCUGCAACUUUCUUUGGUGUUCAUGUCACAUCUACUCCUAUGCAACUUAGCUAUUACCAGCUCAGAUUAGCUUCUGGUCAGAUACAAGAGUUCUAUCAGUCAAGGAAGAGCCAGAGGAAGUUAGCUGUGGUGGUGCAUGGAUACCAAGUUCCACUCUACGGCGGAGUGUCGGUUCUUGGAAAUAGCAACACAGAACACAUAAACACUGUUGCAUUGCCAAUGAAUCUAACAUUUGAGGUCAGAUCAAGGGCUUACAUUUUGGGAAGAUUGGUUAAGUCUACUUUCUAUCAUAGGAUCAGAUGUUCAAUCACUUUUCAUGGCAACAAACUUGGAAAUCAUCUUGAUUUCACGGAUUCGUGUGUCUACAAGUAAUUUAUUGAUGUUCUUUGGGUGGAUCUCUACCUCUCAUUUGUACACAGCACGUAAUUUUUUUGCUUGACAUUAAUUUCUAUGUACGUUUCUAUUGCAUUAUGCUUACUGAUAAUACCACUCCUUUGCUAUGGAUGCUGUUGGUAAAUAUCUGGAUGACAAUUUUAACGUAAAUUGUGUUCAUCCCUAUGUCCCUUUUUAUUUA